UGGACACAGCUGGACACAGCUGGACGCAGCGCCCCGGGGACCACGGGCUGAGCUGCUCUCCCUCCGCAGAGGGAUUCCCGCACGGAUGGAUCCAGGGACCUGCCAAGAGGUGUCCUCUGUGCAGCCAUCACCUCGCCACGGCUGUGUCACCCCCGGCGGGCUCCUCUGGGGCUCCUUGCCGCAGAUUUUGGGGCAGCACGGGGCUCACAAGCCACCGCCGAGGGAUGCUGCAGCCAGCACGGGCAUCUGCCAAGCGCCCUUGGACGCGUCCCAAGCUCCACGCCGAGCCCUCCAGCUCCCUGGCAUGGCCCUCAGGCUUUAGGGAGGACAUUCCCAGCCGAGCCACGCCAGGACAGGAUCCAAGCCCUCAUGUCACCCUCCCGAAGCGCGAAGGAGCACCUUGCUCUUCCUCAGGGCUGGGGAACCGGAGCUCAGCGUCGAGCCCACGUGGGCUGGAGCCGGCUCGGCUGUGCAAGGGUUAAAUCCGGCUGCUCGCCCGGGUCUCGGGGGCCUCCCACUCGGCAGCGCAGAGUAUGAAUAGCUGCGCUCCCCUCUGCUCCCAGGCACUCGCUUCCCUCCCCGCCUUCCGCUGUGUCUCGGCGUUCUCCCCGCAUCCUCCUGGCCCGGCAGCGCCCAUGCUGAGCACCGAGAGUUUCGCGGGGGCGAGAGCCCUGGGAGAGGAAUCGCUGCAGAUGUGGGACCUCAACAAGCGCCUGGAGGCGUACCUGGCCCGCGUGAAGUUCCUGGAGGAGGAGAACGAGGUGCUGCGAGCCGAAAUCCAGAGCACCAAGAGCAGCCCGGCCGGGGACUCGUGGAGGGCGAAGUACGAGGAGGAGCUGCGAGCCCUGCGGGAUGCGCUGGACCUCGCCUUCAGGGAGAAGUGCACGGCCGAGCUGGCCAGGGACAACCUCUACGAGGAGGUCCAGCAGGUGAGAAGCAGGUGCCAGAAGGAGCAGGCGGCCCGAGAAGAAGCUAAGAAGCAGCUGUCCUUGAGCAGGAAGGAGCUGGAGGAGGAGAGGAGAGCACAGAUCUGGCUGAAGGAAAGAGCCGUGCAGCUGGAGAAGGAGGUGGAAGCCUUGCUGGAGGUGCACGAGGAGGAGAAAGCGGGGCUGGACCAGGAGAUCGCCAGCUUCUCUCACAGCCUGGAGAGUUUCCGCUGCGCCCCGGUGGCUUUCCAGCCGGUGGAGGUGCAGGAUUACUCCAAGAGGCUCUCGGAGAUCUGGAAAGGGGCCGUGGAGACCUACAAGGCAGAGGUGGCGCAGCUGGAGGGUUCCCUGUGCCAGGCCAAGGAGAACCUGUGGAAGGCGGUGGAGGACAACCAGCAGAGCCAGCUGCAGCUGCAGCACCUGGAGAAGGAGCUGGCGGGGCUCAAGGCACGCAAGGAGAUGCUGGAGGAGAGCCUGGCCCGGCAGUGGCAGGAGCAGCGCGGGGAGGCAGAAAAGUUCCAGCUGGCGCUGGAGGCCCUGGAGCAGGAGCAGCAGAGCCUGCGGGUGCAGAUCGCCCGGGUGCUGGAGGACAGGCAGCAGCUCAUGCACCUCAAGAUGUCCCUGAGCCUGGAGGUGGCGACCUACAGGACGCUGCUGGAAGCAGAGAGCACCCGCCUGCAGAUGCCCGCAGGGGAAUUCAGGCUGGCCAAUGGUGUGCGAGAUGUCAAGCUGGAGGUGAGCAGCAGCAAAGCGCUGGCAGCGAGCCCCGAGGCCAGGCGGCUGCUGCUGCCCCGAGAGCCCCGGGCAGAGCUAAAAAAACCCCCGAGAGACCCCCCGACAGCCCAAAGCGCCAGGGAGCUCCAGAAAAUCACCUCAGCUCUGCAUGGCAGGGCUGGGGGGCUGGGAGCUACCACACCCAGAGCCCCCCAGGCUGGCAGAGCCGACCCUCCGCUCUCCCCGGAGCCCCCCAGCCCCUCCCCGCCGCAGAGGGAGAGCUCUGGGGGAGACGGCCCCGCCUGGCCGGGAGGAGAUGAGGCAGCGAUGAGCCCGGAGAUGGAGUGUGCCCUGUCCAGAGCCUCGGGGGACAUCGGCAGUGCCAGCCUGCAGCCCCUGGGAGCCGCCCACAGGCUGCAGUACCCGGCCCAGCUGGUCAGCGAGGCGCUGGAGGAUGCCCUCAAGGCGAUGGAAGGCGAUGCUCAGCCCGGAGAGGAGCCCACAGCCAGCUCCGAGUGGGAUAUCUGUGCCCCCAGCCCCGUUUUCCCCCCCGAGGUUUGUGGAGAGCGGCCUGGGGAGGAGCGAGAGCCCUCGGAGGGCUCUGAGGAUGGGGAGAACCCCGAGGAAGAGCAGAGGGCUGGGGAGGGGAUGCUCCAGGGGCUGGCUGCUGACAGCAGCGUCCUGCAGGGCACAGCCCCCUCCCCACAGGGCACGGCCGCUCCCCUGAGAGCCUCGGGGAGCCGGGAAGAGCUGGGAGCAUGGCAGGAGGAGGAGGAGGAAGAGGAGGAGGUACCUGCUGUGCUGAGCCCAGGGCAUCCAGAAAUGGAGGCCCAGGAGGGGGACGAGGAUCUCCCUGGACAGACAGAGAGCAGCUGGGAAAAGGCAGAGGAGGAGAGGGCAGAGAGCCCAAGCACAGAGCCAUCGCACCCCUCGGAGGAUGAGGAGGAGGAGAAGGGCGAUUUCCAGGAAGAAGGAACGGGUGUGCAACAAGAGGAGUGCCCACACAGAGAAGUGCAAGCUGCUGCUGGUGUCCUUGUGGAAAGCCACCCGGUGUUGCCCACAAAAGGUGACCUGGGAGAGGACUUUGCUGAUGCAGAGCAGGGAAGGUCUGAGCAGCAGGAAACGCCCGUGUGUGAGAUGGAUCCGGCUGCAGAGAAGGAAAGGGAGCAGGAGCUGUGCCCAGAGCAGGAGCCCUCGAGUGCCCGUGAGACCAUCCCAGCAGAGCAGGCUUCCACAGGAGAUGAAGAAGACGCUGUGGGACAGGAGGACACAGGCAGAGGGGAAAGUGCUGAGGGAGAAAAGGGAGAGGCCAGCAGGGAGGUGCUGGGAGGAGAGGACAACAUGGCAGGAGAGCACCUCACAGCAGGGGAGGACUCUGAGUCAGGAGAAGACCGUGAGGCAGGAGAAGAUCAUGAGACAGGAGAAGUCCAUGGGACAGAAAAAGGCUCCGAGUCAGAAAUCCAUGGGGCAGGAGAGGACCCUGGGCCAGGAGAAGGUCAUGGGGCAGGAGAAGACCACGGGGCAGGAGAAGACCAUGAGACAGGAGAAGUCCAUGGGGUAGAAAAAGACCACGGGGUAGGAGAAGGCUCUGAGGCAGGAGAAGAUCAUGGGGCAGGAGAAGAUCAUGAGACAGGAGAAGACCACGGGGCAGGAGAAGGCUCCCAGGCAGGAGAGACCCCUGGGCCAGGAGAGGCUGUGGCAGGUGACACCCCGCAGGGGCACAGCAGAACCCCAGAGGAGCUGCAGGAAAGCCAGGGGGAGGAACAGGAGGAGCUGCAGCCAGGAGAGGAGCCCUGGGCACAGGAGGGUGGUGGCAGUGGCCAAGAGCCCUCUCCAGAGGACUGGGAGGCGACAGCAGGGGACACUGAGGGAGCGUUGGGGCCAGAAGAGGCAGCCUGGGCAGACGACACCCCGAGCAGUGCAGCAAGGCUGGAAAGCGAGGAGAGAGGUGGCACAGGGCCAGCAGAGCUGGAGGAGGCCCAGGAAGAUGAUGAAGAAGAUGCCAAGAGCCAGGAGAUGAGCCAGCAGCAGGCGCUGCCAGAGGCUGAGCCAGCAGCUGAGCGGGCACGGCAGGAGCAGCUGGGCAGCGUGGCACAGCCUCAGGCAGCUCCUCCAGGUGCCCCUGGGCAAGGGGACGGGCAGGAGCUGGAGCAGGGUCCAGAGGAGCCACGGGAGGGGCAGGAUGAGGGGCUCAGCCCAGAGCUGGGGGAGCUGGAGAGCUCAGAGCUGGCACUGGAGCAGGAGCCAGGUGACAACAGCGAGUGGGCAUUAGAGGAGACCCCCAAAAACCCAGAGCUGGGGGAGCUGGAGAGCUCAGAGCUGGCACUGGAGCAGGAGCCAGGUGACAACAGUGAGUGGGCAUUAGAGGGGACCCCCAAAAACCCAGAGCUGGGAGAGCUGGAGGGCUCAGAGCUGGCACUGGAGCAGGAGCCAGGUGACAACAGUGAGUGGGCAUUAGAGGACACCCACAAAAACCCAGAGCUGGGAGAGCUGGAGAGCUCAGAGCUGGCACUGGGGCAGGAGCCAGGUGACAGCAGCGAGUGGGCAUUAGAGGACACCCCCAAAAACCCAGAACCCACACAGCUGGGAGAGCUGGAGGGCUCAGAGCUGGCACUGGAGCAGGUGCCAGGUGACAGGGACGAGUGGGCGUUGGAGGGAACCCCCGAAAACCCAGAGUUGGGAGAGCUGGAGGGCUCAGAGUUGGCACUGGGGCAGGUGCCAGGUGACAGCAGUGAGUGGGCACUGGAGGAGACCCCCAGAGACGCAGAGCCCACGGUGGGCUCGGGCAGGAGGGUGGAGCUGGAGGACACACUGCCCGACAGCACACCCCUGCACCUCUACCAAGGAGGGACCCCAAACCCUCCAGAGAGAGAGGAGAGCACGGAGCCAGCCCCUGGGUGUGACACAGCCCAGGAGGGUGAAAGGAGGGACAAGCCACCAACCCCCAGCGUGCCAGAGAGCCCUGGAGAGGAGGCAGGGGCAGAGGGGGCUGAGGAGGAGGAAGGAGCAGAGGGGGCUGAGGAGGAGGAGGAAGGUUAUUUCAUGGUCUCUGCUCCCAGCCAAGAGGUGUCCAACUCAGAGGAAGCUGAGAUCCCUGAGGACUUUGAAGAAAUUCAAGUGGAAGCAACUGAAGACAGCCAAGAUGAUUUGGGGGCUCCUGGAGAAGCGUCUCCAGUGCCAGAGGGCAAAGAGCACCUCGAGGUGCUUGCUGCAGAAGCAGAUGAGGAUAUGGAGGUGCCCACUGAAGAACCUGAGGUGCCAAAGGAUGAGGAGAGCACUGCUGAGCUGGAGGAAGGCCCAGGAGAAGAUCCCAGCUGUCUCAGGGUGGUGGAACCAUCAUCAGGAGGUUCUGAUGAGGAAGGGCCAGAAGAUCCCAGCUGUCCCGGGGUGACAGGACCAUCAUCAGGAGGUUCUGAUGAGGAAGGCCCAGAAGAUCCCAGCUGUCCCGGGGUGGUGGGACCAUCAUCAGGAGGUUCUGAAGAGCCAGCCCAGGGUGCCACGGGCGCUGCAGCGUGGCAGGGAGCAGAGCACCCAGAAGGUCUGGCUGCUGAGGCAGAUGAGGAGCUCCACAACACAACCGAGCUGCAGGGGGGUGCCAGUGGAGCAGGACCCCUCCCAGGCUGCUCGCUGGGGCUGGCAGGGCAGCAGGAGGAGGAGGAGGAAGAUGAGGAUGAGCCCAGCACAGCUCUCCAUGACACAACCAAGGGCACAGCAGAGCUCCAGGCCCAGGCAGUGCCUGGUGAGGCAGAACAACCUCUGCAAGAGCAGCCACCCACGGAGGAGGAGGAGGAAGCUCUGGGCAGUGGGAGCCUUCCUCCAGCCUGGAAUGAACCUCAGCUGGGCUCUGCCCCGGGGCAGGAAGCUUCUCCAGAGGUGAUUCCAGCCGUCCCUGACGCUGCUGCUCUCCCUGCACAGGUGCCAGUGGAUGUCAUGAAGGACUCGGGGAUUUUGGAAAUAGUUGAGCAGGCCCUGGAGUUCAGCCAGGAGCUGCUGGGGGGGAGGCUGGCAGAGGGUGGGCAGGGUCCCGGCAGGGCUGAGCUCUCCCGGGAUGCAGGGGAAGACUCCUCCCUCACCUCAUCCAGCGAGGAGGAGCCAACGGUGCAGGAGGUACCGGAGAUGGAGACGGAGGAGGUGGAGGGAGUGCUCCGGGCUGAGAACGGGCUGCACCGGGAGGCCAGCCUGGAAGAGCUGCCUGAAUUCACCGAGGAGAUGCUGAACGGCACCAGCAGCACAGCCCUGGCACAGGAGCUGCUCACAGAGCCCACAGAGCCCUCGGGGGUGAUGCCAACCCCUGGAGAUGGCACGGCCACCAAGCUGGGGGAUGGCACCCUGAGGGGCAAGCAGCUGAGCCCCGUGCCCCCUGCUCUGGGGGAGGAUGUCCUGUGCCCCACAGCCCAGCAGGCAGCAGCGUGUGGGCUGAGGGCUGAGCAGGAGCCCUGGUCCUCAGGGGACGAGUGACAGCAGCCAGGGGCAGCCCCUUCCUGCCAAAACCCUGUACCCCCCACCUUGUCCCACCCCCCUCUAAUGAUUCCUCAUCUCCCUGUGGUUUUUAACGUUUGUGUGGAUUUUUUGCACCCCUUUUCAGAGUGAAGAACCACCAAGUUCCGUUGCACCCCCACAGCCCACCCAAACUCUCGUGCUUGCUCUGGGACCCCUGUCCAUUCUGAGCUUCCUCUUGGGUGGGUGUAUUUAAUUUAAACUCUUGUGUUUCCCCAUUCCCUGCAAUCUUCCCCCUCCAACUCCCCCAGUAUUUGCCCCAGGACGUCCAGCUGGAGGGUAGGGACCCCCCAAAGUGCACCCUGGGACUCAGCAUUUUGGGGGACAUCAGCCCCAGGCUGACACUGGGGGCUGAGCCACGCUGGAUGUACCCACUGCCUCAUUAAUUUAAUAAAGCCUCAUCCUCCCA